AUGGAUUUUUCUGAGUUUUUCACCUGGCUGCAGCGAUUUCGAGCCUCUUCAAAUUCGUAUCUAGCUCAAUUCGAAGAUUUUCCUGAGUUUUUCACCUGGCUGCAGCGAGUUCGAGCCGCUGCAAAGUCGUAUCUAGCUCUAUUCGAACCUCUGGCGCUUAUUUUUCUUCCUAUCCUAACACUUCUCGUCGCGCGGAGUAUUCAGUCCAUUCUUCGUGUUUUUUACGAGAAAGGAUUCAAAGCUUCGAUUUUAGGGUUCUUUUUUACCUUCGUCAAGUUGGUGCCUGGUGUGAAAAAUUACAUGGACCGCGAAAAGGAAAAGGUUGUGACUAAGUUGCAAGCUUCUGGUAAAUCUAAAAGAGAGGGUUGGAGUACUGAGUUGCCCAGGGCUGGAUUAGGAGGGAUGAUCAUUGAGAAAAUGAAAGAUGAGAAACAAAAAGAUGCGGCAUGGCAGGGCAAAUGUUCUGGUACAGUCUACAUUGGAGGAAACGAAUAUGAAGGACACUUUUCUUUGAUAAAUGAGGCAUGCUCAAUGUUUGCACACACCAAUCCUCUGCAUCUGGAUGUAUUCCAGAGUGUAGUGAAAUUUGAAGCAGAAGUUGUUGCAAUGACAGCUGCACUACUUGGGAGUAAGGAAAAGGCUUCUGGAGGACAAAUUUGUGGAAAUAUGACAUCAGGAGGAACCGAAAGUAUAGUGUUGGCUGUAAAAGCCUCACGUGACUAUAUGAAAGCUAAGAAGGGGAUCACUAGACCGGAAAUGAUAAUACCAGCUUCCGCUCACUCAGCAUAUGACAAGGCUGCCCAUUACUUUAACAUUAAAUUGUGGCGGGUUCCCGUAAACAAAGAUUUUCGAGCUGAUGUCAAAGCUAUUAAACGGCAUAUCAACAGGAACACCAUAUUGGUUGUUGGAUCAGCACCUGGCUUCCCACAUGGAAUCAUAGACCCAAUUGAGGAGCUUGGUGAAUUAGCAGCUACAUUAAGGAUAUGCUUUCAUGUUGAUCUUUGUCUUGGUGGCUUCGUAUUGCCUUUCGCUCGGAAGCUUGGGUAUCCUGUACCCCCAUUCGAUUUCUCUGUUCAAGGAGUAACCUCAAUAUCUGUGGAUGUACACAAAUAUGGGCUGGCCCCCAAAGGAACAAGUGUAGUUUUAUACAGGGAUCAUGACAUUCGGAAGCAUCAAUUUGUUGCUGUAACGGAAUGGACUGGUGGGCUUUAUGUAUCUCCAACCAUUGCCGGCAGCAGGCCCGGAGGUCUGAUUGCAGGUGCUUGGGCAGCAAUGAUGUCUCUUGGACUAGAAGGAUAUCUGGAAAACACAAGGGAAAUCAUGGAUGCCUCAAAGAGAAUAGAAAAGGGAGUACGUGAGAUUCCUGAGUUAUUCGUUGUCGGAAGGCCUGACAUGACAAUCGUGGCUUUUGGUUCUGAUGUUGUAGACAUAUUUGAAGUCAAUGAUAUUAUGUCAUCGAAAGGCUGGCAUUUAAAUGCAUUGCAGAGACCUAACAGCAUUCACAUUUGCGUUACACUGCAACAUGUACCUGUCAUUGAGGGCUUUCUGAAGGAUCUGAAAGAUUCUGUGCAAACUGUAAAAGCAAAUCCAGGUCCUAUCAGUGGAGGGCUCGCCCCAAUAUAUGGUGCUGCAGGAAAAAUACCUGAUAGAGUUAUGGUUGAAGAUUUGUUGGUAGAUUUCAUGGAUUCUUCAUAUUAG